AUGUAAUAAUCAUUAAUACUUUUAAUAACCAUUCAGGAGGAAGAACUUGACAAGCUAAAGGGUCUUUUGAGUGCCAUUUUUUCUAAAGAUACUGGUAUUUCAAUAGAAUAGAACUUAAGCAAAGAAAAUGAAGAACUAUUAUAAAUUACAUUGAAGCUUCAUUAAACACAAUUAAAAAGUCUGCUUGAUGAGCUAACCUAAAAAGGCGGUCUAGAUUACGUACCAAGAGAUAGAACACCCUCUGGUAGAAUGUUUGAGCAUGCUAGUGAUUGCAGAAUUCUCUUAAAGCAUUUACAAUAAACCAAGAAGGUUGCUUAAUUACCAGACAUCAAGGGCAUUAUUUACUAUGUUAGAGUUGAAAAUGAUUUAAUCGAAAAUCUCACGACAUCUUCAUCAGUCUCAACUGAUUUAAGUUCAUUAGAGCAUGUCUAAGCAGAAGAUUAAGACAAAAAUGAAUAGCUUAAAAGAGUAGUUCUAACUGUUUAGAGAAAAUUCAUUACAUUGACUUUGAAUUCUAAUGGAAAAGCGGAUCUUUAUUUUCAUGCUUAUGUUUGGCUCCAUAUAUUGCUAAAUAACUAUUUGCAUGCUAAUCCUAAGUCAAAUGAAUAAGAUUUUGACUAGCAAAUAGUAAAUACUUCAGUAGAAGUGAAAAGACUUAAAGGCCUUGUAGAAUCAAUAAAGAAGGUAGAAGCUAAUUUGCAAAAGUUCCCAUUUAACAAGGAAAUCUAUGAUAGAUUUGUGCAAGAAUUUGGAGGUAGAAAAUAAAUAAAAAAACUAAAGCUGAUUGAAGAUAUUUAGAGAUCUCUCUUUGUUGCUUAAAUCUCUGAUGACAAAUAAACCCUUUAUUGGAUUGAGAAGAUACUUAUUCAACUACUAGGCUAUCAUGAUAUGUCAAUGAGAGAUCAAGCUGUUAUAUUGCUUAAUAUGCUUUAUGAUGGUAUAGACUGGCAACUAACUCAGGCAUUUAGACCAGUUGUUAGAGUAGUCGGAUAGCAUUUUAAAGUAAAUGUAAUAGUAAAUCUUGAUCUAAACCAAAAAGACAAUACUAAUAGCCAGAUAUUUAUUGGAUUAUCAGCACCAUCACCAAUCGAAUCAAUCAAUAAGACUAUUCUAACAUGGCAUAAAAUUGAUAAGAGAAACAUAGUGAGUUAAAAAGGUAUAGAGACAGAAAUUAUGAUUAACUUUGGUAAAUUUUGGAAAUGUGGUUUCUAUGAUUGGAGAUUGGUCUUAGUGAAGGAAACUGGCAGACUUUAACCUCUAGAAAUUAUUGGAAAGCCACAACCUUCAUUCCCAAGCAUCAAAACUGGAAGUUAAGGAUACUAUGAUGAGGAGGAUGACUUAGGGCAGAUCGCUUAGGGUCGAUUCAUUGUUCAUGCAAAGGGAAUUAGAGACUAAAUUUUUCAUGAGGUUCAAGUUGAUUUUUAAAAUGCAGAGGUAGAUACAAAAAAAGGAACAUUUGUUAAAAGAGGAAACUUCUCAAAUGUUGAAAGUGCAAUUGAACAAUAUAAAAGCAAGGGUAUAACUUCAUUAUACUUGAUGGGAGUCUUAGAAAGAGAUAACUAUCCUUAAGCAAAUAAGAUGACAAAUGAAGUAGAGCAUAGAAAACCUGAUUCAAAUCCAUUGGCUAUUACAUGUAGACAGACUGCCAAUAAAAUGCUUGGAGGAGAUGAUGGAUUCUAAAAGGUAAUGACUUAAGCGAAAAAGCAUAAAGUAAAGAUUAUUAUUGACUGCUUGACAAGAAUAUCUUCAGGAAGAAAUCAUAGAAAAUAUAGAGACUUAAUGCUUCAUUAACUAGAUGAGGAAGGAAGAAAGAAGAUUUGUUAUGGAACUGACGGACAAGCUAUAAAUUAUGAAGAUACUGCAAUGCUAAAUUAUAGAAAAGUUGAAUCUUGGAAUUUACUCAUUGAAGAAGUUUUAAACUUCACUUAAACGCAUGGAAUAAAUGGCAUUCAUUUGGAUAAUGGUCAGGCAUGGCCUUAAAUAAUGGAGACUGAUUUAGAAGAAUUAAUGAGAUUAGAUGUAGAUGGUGAGCCUGCCUAUACUCCUGAAGAUGUUAUGAAUGGAGAAAUCGUCCUUAGAAAUGAAAACUACGGUUAUUGGAACACUAAUACUAUGGAGCAAUACCCAAAUCCAUUCUUUAUCAAAAUGUGCAAAUAAAUUUGGGAAAAAGUCCCAGAUUUUAUGAUAAUCGGUGAGUGCUGGGGAGGCUUUAUGUUUGAGAACAGGCAAAUUAUUCUCUCUAGAUCUGGAAUAAUUCCAAGACUAUUUAAGCUUCCAUAAGCAAUAAGCUCCUUAUUUGGAAAGAAACUUCAUAAAGAUGGCAGAGUAACAAACUGUGAGAGAGAUAACGUUUUGGCAUUAAAGAAGUGGUAUGAAAGUAACAGACUAUUCCUGCCUGAGGGCUCAAUUUUAAUCUAAAGCUCUACUGCUCAUUAAUGGCCUUAUCCUGCUUAUCUUUAUGGAAAAGGAACUUGGGCUGCUGUUGACAUUUUAUAUUUCAUGCCAGAUAUCCCAAUUACUUUUAAUGGUGAAAUCGAUGGUGAAGUCUAUAGAAUCGGAACUACAUAGCUCUUCUAGCAUGAUUAACAAGAAACAAAUAAAUCUGGAUUAAAGAGAACAAAUUCAUAAUUAAUGAUGGCUUUACAAAAGAAAGAUGAAAAUGAUGAUUAUAUACCUUAAUAAACCACUUCACCAGAAGGCAAAAGAGGUCUGCCAAGAGUAAGAUCAGGUUCAAAUCUUUCUGCCGUUGUUCAGGAAUAGAAUUCAGGUCAAGAUCUAAAAUUAAAGGAGGAUUAAUUUAAAAGUCAAAUAGGGCCAUAGUAAGGAUUUGAUUUAACUAAGAUUAACUCUCACUAUGAACACAGAAGAAGACUCAGAAGGGAAAAAAUGGUGCUCAGAUAUGGUGAGCUUAUACCAUUAGUUGCAAAAUAAGACAGUGGCUAUGGAUGGCACAAUCAUGUUCUAUCAUUUGCUAGAUACUCUCUGCUUGAAACUGCAAUAAUUUCAACAAAUUUAAAUGAUUCAGAUGUUACUUUCUAUGUAGACACCACAGCUUUGUAAUAACUAUAUAAGAAGAGUUAUCAUGACAAUACUGUGAUUAUGAUUUCAGAUUGCUUGGCUCCUGAGCAAGCACCUCAGUAUUAUUUCCUCAGAGAAUAUUUACAAAUGAAGCAUUAUCAAACAUUAAAGCCAUACCACUCUUCCAUACAAUGCCUUACCAUUUGUUAAGAUGAUAACUUUGUGAUUAAGAAAGCUCUUACUUAAUCAAUAGAAAGAACAAAAAAUAAGCUUUAAAACGGAGAAAACAUCGAGUCUGAAUAAAUCAGUGCAAUUUUCACAGAAAUUAUAGAGAAAAGUCCAGAGGAUAUUAUUAAAUUUGCAGAUAUAGUAGGAUCAUUAUAAGAGAAUUUCCUUGAUAAGCUUGGACUUAGUUUUAACGAUUUAUUCAUCAACAAUCAUAAACUAAAAAAUGAUCCAGCCUUAGCCUCUAGAUUAAUUGCGCUAUGCAUUAGAAUAGUCGAAAUUUCUGAUGGAUAAGAGCUACCACCAGUUAAAGCAGCAAAAUCUGUGGUGGAUUCAAACCAGUUAGGACCUAUAAUAUUCUGUGCUCCCGAACUUGGAAGGUGGUCUACUGUUGGUGGACUUGGAGUAAUGGUCGAUGAAUUGGCUUAUGGAUUAGCAUUGCUUGGACAAGAAGUGAUUGUAAUUUCUCCUUAUUAUGAGAAAAAUAGAAAAGGUGAAACAGGCUACUUGGCAAAAGACCCAGCUGGCAUUAAUUAUGUUGGUAACAUUACUGUUACAAUUGGAGGGGCUACUGUCCUUGGAGUUCAUGAAGGUGUUGUCAACGGCGUAAAAGUAGUAUUCCUUCAUAAUAGAGAUAUUUUCCCAUCAGCUUAUCCCGAUCUAAAUCCUGCUGAUAUGGUGAGAUAAUUAGCAGUAUUUGGCAAAGGUUGUCUUGAAUAUUGCUGCAGCUAAUCAAUUAUACCAUCGGUUUGUGUGACUAAUGAUUGGUAUACUGGACUAAUUCCAGGGUAUGCUAAAAUUGGUGCUUUUGGAGAUACUUUUAAGGGAACUACAUUCUUCCAUAUUGCUCAUAACCUUGAAGCUACUUAUGAAGGAAGAAUUUUCCCAGCUCCUAAUUAAGGUGCAUUAGAAAGCAUUCAUUAACUUCCAAGAGAUUGGCUUGUCGACCCAUUAUGGGGCACUUGUAUUAUCAACCCUAGCAGAAUUGCUAUCAUGCUAUCUGAUUAAUGGGGAACUGUCAGUCCUUCAUAUAAAAUUGAUCUACUAAAUACUUCAUCACUGAGAGGUAUCCUUGCUUUAAAAGAAAAGCCAUUUGCUUUCCCUAAUGGUAUUCCAGUUGAGGCAAGACUAAAGAAAUUAGAUGAAGCUGCACCAGAUCAUUUUGCAGCUAAGAAAAUUAUUCAGAAGAAAUACUUCGGCUAUGCUGACUUAGAUGAUGAAGUAUGCCUUUUAUCCUUUGUUGGAAGAGUCACUGAACAAAAAGGAGUUCAUCUUAUUUUAGAUGCUGCAGAAACAAUCAUUUAAAAGUAUAACUACAGAAUCAACAUCCUCGUUGGUGGAAUGGCUAAUAUUAAGGAGCCGUAUUCUGCAGAUUGUGCUAAGAAGAUGUGGCAUCUCAAGACUAAAUAUCCUAACUGCUUCUGGGCUGAUCCAAACUACUUCUUCACUGAUGGCUCUAUUGUCAAUAGAGGUAGUGACUAUGGACUUAUGCCAAGUAUCUUCGAACCAGGUGGUAUUGUUUAACACGAAUUCUUCGUUGGAAGCACUCCAGUCAUCGCUUAUAAAACUGGUGGAUUGAAAGACUCCGUAUUUGAAUUUAUGUGGGACUCUGAAUAAGGAAAUGGAUAUACCUUCGAAGCUCAUAAAGUAAAUGAUUUUAUCUUUGCAUGCGACAGAGCUAUUGGAACAUUUAAAAACAAGAAUAAGUAUCUUAAAUUGAGACAAAACGCAUUCAACUCUGUUAUGGAUGGUGAAAAGGUAAGCAAGGCUUGGCUAGGAGAAUUUUACAGGCUUAGAAAUAAAGUCUACGUCGAAAAGACUAUAAUUGAAGAUGCACUUAACAAAAUGAAGCCAUGGGCACCAGAAAUAUACAAGCCGAUUUCUAGUUUUGAAGAAAUGUUUGGCAUUGAAAGAAAACUUAAUUUUGCCCUUGACGAUAUUGACUAAGGUGCAGAGGAAGAAAAAGAAGUGCUUGAAGAAGAAAAAACUUCAGAUGGUUAAAAGAAAAAGGUAGUAUCUCAUUUCGAAGCUUAAACAAGAAAUGAGGACAGAUUCCCUCAUGUCUUUAUGAUGCAUAAUAAUGGUCCUAGACAUCAGAGAGUUGAAUUGUGUGGUUCUAUGGAUGAAUGGCUAGUAAGACACCCAAUGAACUUUGAUCACUUUACCAAUCAGUGGUUCAUCACUCUUCAUCUCAAGAGAGGCAAAUACAACUACAAGUAUGUUGUAAAUGACAAAAAUUGGGUUAUUAACGAGAAGGAACCAAAAGAAAAAGAUUUAGCUGGAAACGUAAAUAAUGUUCUCAGUUUAUGA